UACAGCGAGCAUCCUCAACGGCAAACCGCGCGGACGCCGUCGCUGUCGCCGUUGCCGCCACCGCCGACGACGACACUCCGAGUAGGAAAACGAGAAGCGGAGAAAGAGAGACGGAGAGCGUAGAGAAGAGCACCGGAUCGAGCGGCCUCAGUCGUCUCGACGAGCUCGGCGGUAUUUGUACGUGCUGUCCAACGCGAUACGCGAAAUAACACGCGCCGUUCCCAGCCGCCGCUGUCCUCCACCUUCGAGGAGUUUUACAGUGAAAAAGUGCCAAUUUGUACGUACGCGUAGACACAGGUUAAUAGACAAACAAAUAAUGCAUCUUUAUACACACGAUAAUAAUCGUAGCUGAUCGCGGCGGAGUGAAAUAAUAUAAAGGCACGAUCGAAUUAUUCGUGAUUCAGUGACAGCGAAUAUUACACUUUUUUAAAUCUUUUUUCACCCGAUAAAACGACGAAAAAUAGGAUACUUUUGUCCGUGGAGGAAGUGCGAAAUCCUCGAAGCUCGAUGUUAUUGCUUCUCGUUUGACUGAUCGAUUUCGCGCUCGUUGGAUAUCAAUCCUCAACUUAUGAUCGUCCAGCCAGUGAAUUAUCUUUUUUUACUAUUCAACGUUGAUGCUGAGUGACCACGGUGGACCGCCGGGCCACUACAGCCCCCAUUCACACUGAUAAAGAGCCGGAGGCAGAGGCCUGCAAAGAGGCGGAAUGUCGUCUCUGCGGACGCAGUCGAGCGGGGCCGGCGGAGUCGUCGGCUUGAGCAGCGUCGGCUCGGACCGGACCGGCGGCGCUUCUACCGUCGCUGGUUCCCACACCCAUUCACAUCCUCACAGAAAACACCAUCAUCACAGAAGCAGAAGCGCGCCGAGGACGCCCGAAAAACCACCGAGAAAACGCCACUUGAAUCCUGGACACAGCCUCGCCUCGAUUCCCAGUCAGAUCAAACUUUCCAUGCUUAAUAGCGGCCUCAUAUCUUUUGCGUCCGAAGAGCUCGGAGGGAUUGGGACGACGUUGCCAUCAGCACCAACGGAGCUCGCCCAGUACCCGAAGCUCUGUGACCUCCGCAGGAAAUUUCCGGUUCUCUACAGAGUGGAAUUCCAGACUGCGUGCAAAGUCGAAACGCACUCGUGCAGGCACGCACUGAAGUCCGCCAACAAAGAAAAGAAUCAGAAUCAACGUUGCAUACCAUAUGACUAUAACAGGGUCGUGCUGGACACGAUAGAGGGACAACCGGACUCGGAUUAUAUAAAUGCAUCUUACGUAGACAGUAUAUUAAAACCCAACGCUUAUAUCGUAACUCAGGGACCCAUCGAAACAACGGUUACGGAAUUCUGGCGCAUGGUUUGGCAGGAGAGAGCUUCGUGUAUAGUCAUGUUAACGAAAACCUUCGACUUUAUUAAGGUUAUGUGUGUUCAAUAUUGGCCAGCGAACAAAGAAAAAGACGAGGAAUAUGGGGGCAUCGGUGUGUCGGUGCUGAAAGAGGAGGAGCUUGCCAAUUUUCAUAUACGUACGAUAAGGCUGUACAAAAAGGACGACAAAGGGGAGGUCACCGAGGAACGAACUCUCAUCCAGUUUCACUACACCGAGUGGCAUUCCCACACGUGCCCCUUUGGAAAUGCUGUCCUCGAAUUUCGUAGGCGGGUCAGAGCAGUCGUUGGCUCGACCAUCAAAAACGAGUCCGGUCCGAUGGUCGUACACUGCAACGAUGGGGGUGGACGCUCGGGAGUGUACUUAGCGAUCGACGCGAACAUGGAACUGGCCGAGGAAGAGGAUGCCUUUGACGUGUUCGGGUAUCUGAAAAAACUGCGACAGAGUCGUCGCGGCCUUAUAGAAUCUUUGGAUCAGUACAAAUUCGUGUACGACACCCUCGAGGAGUUCGUCAUAUGCGGUGCCUCGUGGUUUUCGGUCUCGGAACUUUCGCAGCGGCUCAAACAGAAGAGCGUGAAAAAUCCGUUAACGAAGAUGAACGAGUAUCAACGGGAGUACCAACAGAUUUGUAAACAAACGCCCCGCUUCACCAUCGGCGAUUGCGCCGGAGGGCACAGGGCCGAUAACAGGGAAAAAAAUCGUGACGUUCUGGUCGUUCCACCCGACAACUUCCGGCCGUACCUGACGAGCUUUCAGGGCAACAGUUUCACCGAUUACAUAAACGCAGUUUUCGUAGACGGCUACACCAAGCCGAGGGAAUACAUCGUAACCGAGUGGCCGUUGAAACACACCUGCGGUGAAUUUUGGUCGCUGGUUUACGAUUACGAGUGCGCUGCCGUCGUCGUCCUCUGCGUACCUCCCCCGAUGUCGACCAACUUUCCGAGCUUCUGGCCCGAGGGUAGACACUCCAAAAAAUACGGUCCAGUCUUCACGAUAGAUCACAUCAGCCACAAUCAUUAUACGAACAUCAAGACGUGGGUAUUCAGGAUAAACAAGAAAAUCGUUUCACUGACGGAACUGAUGGCCGGAGUGAAAGCCCCGCCGAAGACGGUCCAACUGUUCCAACUGACCUGCUGGCCGAUGGGACACAAAGUGCCAACCUCGACCAACAGUCUCGUCGAAUUGAUGAACAUGGUGGAAAGAUGGCGUCAGAGAACCGACUACGGACCAGUUGCGGUCGUAUCGCCGGACGGUAGAAGCAGGUGUGGAGUCUAUUGCGCCGCAAAUGCCUGCAUUGAGCAGGUCAUACAGCACGGUGAAGUGGAUAUUUUCCAGGCUGUUAAAACUGUCCGGAGGCACAGACCACAACUCGUCGAGAACAUGACGGAGUACAAGUACUGCUACGACUUGGUAUUGCACUACGUGCUACACUAUUUGAACAAGGACAUGAACGAGAAAAAGUGAGAAAGCGAGUUGAGGGACGAGCUGUGGUUCAUUGAAUUCGGACGUGGAG